CGCCGUAUAAAGUAUAGAAAAUGCAUAGGAGAAGAAUUAAGUGAGCAGCACUUACUUCGUGGUGAGAAUGAGAACUAUUGUGUUUGCGCAACUGGAUCGUAUCAUUAUAGCGUUGUAAGUCGUACAUUUUGUAUACUUAAAAUAGUGUGAAAAAAAUCAAGUAUAUACAUGUACAUGUGCAUUCACCUGUGGCGAUAUAUUCAAAAGAGGAAAAUGUUUCUGAGAACAUCAUAAAAACAGGCUAUGGGACGCUGUGAGAAUUCGUCAUACGUACGUAACGCAAAACAUCUACGAAUAGCGGGGUUUUAACUAACAUUAUUUCGCGCUGCAAGCCAGACCGCGCUGCUACGAGUAGGAUCGACCGCCUGUGCCACUAAAGACCAUGAGAUCUAGAGUGGGCGGAAGAAGCGUUACGAACCCAGGUUACCUGUAACAAGAACGUUCAGAAAGUUCUUCUAAGCAACCAGGAUAUCAUUAUGAUCUCAUAUUUGCUUCGUCUUAGCAGGAAACGGUUUGCCUACGAAGUGAUAAGUUGAUACUUUACCGAUAUUCUAUGACUUCUAACUCUCGUGCCACCAACGCUGCUAUGGUGGUUCUCACUUAUGCAAAGUGAAUUCGUCUUGCAACAUUAACCAACAGGAAGCUUAAAUAUCAAUUUGUCAUUGAUGGUGCGUGGUACAAACAUAAUAUGUAGAUGAUACGCGCUCUCCGAUACCUAACGAUGCAUUUGUAUUUUGUUGACAAAAUACACUUCGUAUGCCUGAUGGACAUCUAUUUCUAGUAUUAAACGGCAAUAAACACACCUACACGCAUCCGUCACUGGUAAACAUUGGUCAUAUCGCCUCUCAUCAUUUCAAUUAUGGCGGAUUUCAACAUAUUCGUUCUGGUGUUCAUGGGAAUAUCUGUGCUGCUUUACGGAGGAUUGGUCAAAUCAGACACAGAACACUUAAACAACGAAGCCAAACUAAUUCGACACCUCACCAGCCCUGCGACAUAUGAGAAGACAGCCAGGCCGGUGGUCAAUGCGUCACUUCCGAUUCAACUCAAUGUCACGUUUUACCUGAACACCUUAGUGAAACUGAAUGACAAAGAACAGGAACUAGUUUUUUCUGGAUACAUGGAAGUCACUUGGGUCGAUGAGGGCCUAAAAUGGGAUCCGUCCAAGUACGAGGGACUUCGUAAAAUAGGAAUACAGUCCGAUAAAGUUUGGAUACCAGACAUCGGUUUGUUCAAUAGUCUGGAUGCCAAUUUCGACUUUUCUCAAGGAAACAGGAUAAAGUUUUUCGCCAUAUCAACAGGCGUCGUCAAAUGGUACACGGGCGCCAUAUACAGAGUAGGAUGUUCUCUAGACAUGACUUACUUUCCAUUUGAUGACCAGGAGUGUUCUUUAAGUUUCGGAAGCUGGUCAAUGGACGGUUACAUGAUGAAGUUUGUCAGCUCUAGACCAGACAUCGACCUGGACAACUACGCCGUGAAUGGCGAAUGGGGCAUCACACAAAAUCACGUCGAAGCGGAAACCUCAAUCAUCGACCCGGACAACCCGGAGUCGUACUGGUCGCGGUUUAUCGUCAACGUGAACUUGAAGAGGAAAAGUGCUUUUUACAUCUUGAACAUUAUCUUUCCUUGCGUGGCGAUAUCCAUGUUGGUCCUGAUGGUGUUCUGUGUCCCGAGUGAGUCAGGGGAGAAAGUGUCCCUGGGCAUUACCAUUCUCCUUGCUUUUUCCGUAUUCCAGUUGGUGAUUGCCGAGACAAUGCCGAAGACAUCUGACACCACUCCAAUUUUAGUCAUCUAUCUGACGCUGCUGAUGGGAAUAUCAGCGAUAUCGACAAUACUAACAGUAGCCAUCUUGAACCUGUUCCACAAAGAUGGCGAUCAUGACAUGUCCGGAUUGUUGCAGCUUCUGGUCUUUAAUUAUCUUGCGAGGAUCACGGGGAAGACGGCGGAGGCAAAGCCUUACCGGGUGCCGCGGGCGCACCGGCAACAAAUCGAACCGAAGCCUACGCAUAAUCAAGUCAAUAAUCUAGGCAAUGAUCUAUUUAAUCACAACGAACUUGGUAGCACAGUUAUUCUAUCAAACUACGAGACGCCAUCGAUCAAGAAGGACUCUGAUCCGGUGGUGCAGCUUCUGCAGGAGAUUCUCCAUGAACAACGAGAGAGGAACCAGAAGUAUGAGCUGGCCGCGGGGCAGGAGGCAGUGAGAAAGAAAUGGGUCACUGCCGCGCGGAUUAUUGACAAAUUCCUCAUGAUGGUAUACUUCUUCACCACCACCUUGAUAACUGUUGUGUGUUUGAUUAUCGUUCCAAGUGUUCCCCGUCCAUUAAAGGAAAAUCACUGAUAUCUGAAAACUCAGAAAAGUAAGAACUAUAUAGUAAUAGCUACAAUGUACAUUAGACUCAGCGCGAGCAAAAGAUGUAGCCUUGGCAUAAUCCAUCCUGUGAUGAAUACAGGCAACUUAUCAUAUUAACUUAGUAGUUGAUUUAGCCGAUACUUGGCAAGUCAAAAAGUAUCCAUGUGCACUUCAGUUACACACUUUGUGCGCAAUAUAUAAGUGUAGUAACUGAGAAGAAACUGAUCUCGUUUUCUGUCAAUCAACAUGGCCUUUUUUCGCAGGUUCUGAAAUCAUCAUAAAUGAAUAACAUGAAGGUCUCACUCAGAAUUACGUAAUUUUUACUUUUUUGUAGAAGAUUGCCAAGCAGUUGGCCAAUAGUAAUCGUGCUUUAGUUGUCUUUGUCUCAACUUUCUGGAGUUGCAAAACCGAAUAAACCGAAACUGGAAUUGACAUGAGGUUGUCUGAGAAGAACCAUUGCGUUUCAUUACAAGAAACGCUGGUCAAGGCUGUAGCCUGGAUUUGACCAAUUACAACAUGUAAACAAUUCUACCAGACAAAACACGACAAACGUGACAAAACGUGACGUGUUCAAAAGACUAAUGUGAAAUUCACGUAUAUAUAUGUAAUUUUAGUAAGACCUUAUGUUUAUUCCUUUAUGCUUCAAUCAAUAAGUAGACGAAUGUAAGAGUUUAACGCGAUUCAUAUAGAUUCGAUUCAUUGAUUAAGUAUUGAGGGUUUUUCGUUGGCUGGUCGACGUCGUUGAACAUCUCAAGGUUCUUUGUCAAUAUCCAUAUCAAUUUCAGGCGGAUCCAGGGGAGGUUGUUACACCAGACGCACGCCCUUCUCCACCCCGUCACGAGACCGUGUGCUAUUUGCCAUGUUGCCCGUUGCAGCCGGUCGACAUUUCGACAUGUCUCCCGGCAGGGUCACAGUUGUCGGAUCUUCAUAGCUUCGGCACCUUUCUGCUACUUAUGAAUAACUUCUGCUUCAACGGAAAGCCUCGGGAGACAUUGCAUCCCGGCGGCGCAAAAUUCGGCAUGUUACCCACCGUGGCGGGCAAGAAAAGCAAAGCAAAAUCGAAACCACACACAAUUAGAAAAAAAUCAUGUACAUAAUACAUUUUUUUACUGUCACAGUUACAGUAUGUGCAUUUCAAUCAAUUAACCGUUAAAUGUGCGUCUUAUUCAGGAGUACUGCGAUUGAUUCAAUUCACAGUUCAAUUGUAAUGACAGUCCUCGGGAUGGGCGGACAUGUAUGUAGCUAAAUAUUUUCUCCAUGUGGCAAUUUCCAAUGCUGACCUCAGUUACACUAUUGUUUCCAGGCAUAUAUUAUUAUCUCAAUUUGACAUCAUUAGACUUGCGUGUCGACGGUUAUUUCAACUUUUAAGUGUAGCAUCAUGAUGAUAUGCAUAAGAGGGUAAGCAGUCUAGGUUUGAUAUCCCGUAAUAUUCCACAGCUGCUCCCCGACUUCAUCACUCGCUCUUUGGUGAUAUGCUUCAUAUAUUAGGACCCUGCCACCAUACAUACGCCUCUUCAACUGGUGAAAAUAUCAGCCAAAUUCUACUUCUGGGAGACUCUCUACUUCCACACUCCAUACUAGGCAUAGGCAUGUGGCAAGAAGAAGCUUGUACCCUUUAUCUCAACUAGCUGGCGGCUAACCGAUUGGCCGCAUCAGAAAGAGUUUCCAUACAACCGACUCUAACCUUCGACUGUCCAGUCACGAAGCGGCAGCCAAUCAAAAAGGCCAUCGGGAUCCCAUCUCAGAAGGUAAUUUCCACACACAUCUUAAAUUCAAAUCCGUUGUUUCCUCCCGAAGCUUACCGUGAUCGAGCCGUGAACGAUGAAAAUGUUAACGUACUUCAUAACACCAUUAAAUUUGUCGUCCACUGAUGCAGCUUUUGGUGCCUAAAUUUCAUGAUAAGUGAGGUUUCGCUAUCCCGUUUCGAGAAAUGACAACUUUUUGUGCAUGACGUCAUCAGUCGAGACAGCGUGAUGAGACAGGCCGUAUUAUGUACGCCACCAAACAGUCGGUCGAAACACUGAAAACUGUGGAAGAAACCCGUCAGGCACUGCUGGAUGAUCUCGGUCGGGACUACGAGAAAGGGAACGAGAGCCAUUCUCGGUGAAUGGCUUCUCGGAAAGGGAUGGCGAAACCUCUCUACAGAUGCAUUGAUAAAAUAUGAUUUGAUCAAUGUAAUAAGCUGACUGAAGUCUUAUAUCAAUACUAUACAAUUUUAACCAUUGCUUCUACAUUUGACAUUCAGACACAUAUUGAUCACAUUUCAUAGACGCGAUAUAGAGGACGAUCAACUGAAUCGGAGCCGAUAAAAUCACCAUACUUUCCCUGGAUGUUCACAAAAGGAUAGUCGACACACGAUCGAAGAGUCACUUCUAUGCAUUUGAAAUACUGAUCCUGAAAUUUCCCCUAUGACAUGUAUUUUUGAGAAAAAAAAGUUUAAUUCUUUCGAUCGUCGGUUCAUUUGUUGUGCAAAAUUGUUUGAUAAACUUAGCCUAAGAAGUGUACUUUUGUGGAUUAUUUGCAUGGCAAAAUGAGGCCCUAAGGCCGAAGUUACAUAGACUUCAUUCGUUCAUUUACCACGAGUCACUUUCCAGGUUUUUCUUUCAUUCCUCGGUGAAUGCACGCCACAAGGCCGUGCUUUUUACAGGGGAACGAAAGCAAAAGGGGAAAAUGAGUCCUGGGAAAUGAACGAAUGAGGUCUAUGUAACUUCGGCCUUACACGUGUAACAUGAUUGUAAAUGUUUUGCAAAUUUUUCCAAAAUAAGAACAUACACAUGUAAAAAGAUAAUGUAGGAAAAUCUAUAUCCAAAAAGAUAUGAAAUAUUACAAAAAAAGAUCAUGAAAUAAAUAAGAUAUGUGAAAAACAUGUAUCAUCAUGAUAUCACACCAACUAUACAUGUAAUAUAGCCACUUUAAACCGAAAUUUAGCCGGUGUGCAAGGGAUAGUAGUCCUAAGGCUGAUAGUCCGUGUAACAAUAGCCCGCAUUGCUAAAUGUUUUGGUUAGGGUUAGCGGUACAAUAGAUCAUGCUGCUUAAUUGGUCAAAUACAAUGCUACCGGACUAUGACUCCA